UUUGAAUUUCAAAAAUGCGUAGAAAUAGAAUAGGAACAAAAGCUGAAUUUCUAUGGGCCUGUAUUAUUUUUAGUAAAAUUUUAGGGGAUGUUGAAGAUAUCUCAUAAAUGAAUGGACCAUUGGCAGUCUAAGAAUACAUAUAAGAAUUAAUAAGUAUUCUAAAUUUUCAUAAAUUAGGGGCUGACUCAUCAAACAUUAAAUAAAUUAUUACUCCACCACCUGAAGUUGAUAUUCAUGUUUGGCAAUAUGAACAUUUAAGAUAAUUCAUUUUAGAAUUAAAUCUUUUAGUUACAUAAUUAAAAGGAUUAUGCACAGCUUAAACAUGUCCUAAAAUGAAAGCAACUGAAGAUUGGCUCUAUUUGUGUGCUGCUCAUAAAAAAGCAUAAGAAUGUUCUGCAAUUGAUUACAUGAUACAUAAUUUAGAUUAAAGUACAUCUAUUUUAACUAAUAUUAAAACAUACCCAUCAAGGUUAUUUAUUUUCAUAAUAAUAGAGUUUCUAUUAAUCCUCAAAAUGCUACUAAUAAUUUUGCAUUUAUAGUAAGAAGACUCUAUAGAUUAUUUUCUCAUACUUAUUUUAAUCAUAAAGAGAUUUUCGAAGAUUUUGAAGUAAAUUACUUUGUAUUACUAUUCUAGAAUGAAAUGUUUUUAUGUACAAGAUUUACAGAAUUUGCCUUAAAAUUUGAACUCAUGAGUCCAAAACUAAUAACAAUUCCAAAAGAAGCUUUAAAAUUAUGA